AUGAAGGCCAAUCCCUGCUCAAGACGAGUUGAGUCGACUCAGGGCAAGCCGAACUGCUCUUCCUUCUUCACAUUCUUCGCUCCCUCGCAUCCCUGCUCUCUGUGUGGCAAGGGGAAGAAAGGAGAAGGCAGGGAAGUUGUGCCUCCUACCACAGUCCAGACCAAGCCCUGCCCUUCUUUCUUCAACUUCUCCAUUCCCUCCCUCGUUCCCUUUCUCUUGCAAGCAACCCCCUUCCCCUUGUUCUUGCGCUACCCUCCCUUUGUUUUUCCAUUGCAGGGUGGCAAGGGGAAGAAAGGGGCAGGUAGGGAAGCGGAGCCUCCCGCGACAGUCAAGACCAAGCCCUGCCCUUCGUUCUUCAACUUCUUCACCAUUCCCUCCCUCGGUGGCAAAGGGAAGAAAGGAGCAGGUAGGGAAGCCGAGCCUCCCGCCACAAUCAAGACCAAGCCGUGCCCUUCCUUCUUCAACUUCUUUGCUCUCUCUCGUAACAUGCGAGGCAAUAAAGCCACAGCCCAGCAAAGCAGCAAGGGGGGAAAGAGCAGAGGGGGGGAUGGAGAGGAGGGGGACGAGGCGGAGGAAGGGGAGGAGGAGGAAGGGGAGGAGGAGGGUUUGGAGGGUAUGCCUGUGUUCGUGGGGGAGGAUCUGGGGGAGGUGGUUCUGAAGGUGCCUCAGGAGCGGGUGUUAUCUGAUGGCAAGAUGGACGUCUGGCAGGCGCUGUGCAACAAGGUGCGUGCUGGUUUAGUGCGGUGGAAUGGUGUUUGGCAGUGUGCUAUGCAAUUGCCAGUGUUUGGAGGGGAGGAUUUGGGGGAGGUGGUUCUGAAGGUGCCUCAGGAGCGGGUGUUAUGUGAUGGCAAGAUGGACGCCUGGCAGGCGCUGUGCAACGAGGUGAUACCCAGAGCUGCUGACCUGUUCACGGGACAGGGGAGGGAGGUGAUACCCAGAGCAGCUGACCUGUUCACGAGCAUUGGGUUUGGGAAGGAGGAGGGGGGCGGAGGUGGUGGUGAUGAUGAUGAUGCUGACGUGGCAGACGAUGAGGGGUACGAGCACGUUCGGCGCCCAUCUUCCGGACCUCAUCGGCUGGUUCGGCGCCGGAUCAGAAAUGUUAUGCGUCUGUUGCACAUUUGUGCGGCCUCUUCCCGCAUCUCUCCCCCCUCCACUCCCAUCAGAGCGUUGAAGCACCUUCAAGAGAAGCAGCAGCAGGCAGAGCGGGCAAGGGAAGCAGCCAUUGCUGCUGCUCGCGCCUCUCUGAGUGAACGCUCUUCAGGCAUCUUUGCUCGGCGCAAGGCAGUGGUUAUUGGCCCCAAGGCCCUUGACAGCGGUGACCCCUCUCUCGCCCAUCUCCCGCGCUUCUGGCUGCUCGUCCUGCGUUCCGUGCCCUGCCUCGUUGAAACAAUUCGCCGCCGCGAUCACCCUCUCCUCGCACACCUCUCUGACAUCCGCUGGAGGCCAAUUCAGGGGAGAGAAGGAGGAGAGGAAGGGGAGGAGGGAGAGGAGGGAGGGGAGGAGGGGGGUGGGGAGAGGGGAGGAGGUGGAGGGAAGGGUGAGAAGGUCGAGUCCCGGGCAGCCAGUGGUGGUGGUGGCGGUGGCGCAGGGGCAGGAGGUUCGGCGGGCUCCGAGGCUGGUGGAUUGGUUCGGGUGGAGUGUAGGACGCCGAUCGUGUGGGAGGAAGGGAUGGAGUUGACGCUCAAGGAGGUGCAGGACAGCAAAGGCCAACUUCGAGUCAAGCCCUGCCCCAGGUACGGCAUCACCUGCCCCAGGUACGGCAUCACCUGCCCCAGGUACGGCAUCACCUGCCCCAGCUUCUUCCAGCUGUUUGACGACAAUCGCUGCCACCUGGCGUUUGCUGGUGACGAGGCGGUCCACCUGUCGGCCUCUGAGUUACUGGAGAGGGAGGCUGACGUGGCACUGGCCCUGCGUGACGUGGCGAUCCCGCGUGCUGCUGAGCUGUACAGGCAGGCUAAGGAGUGGGAUCAUGGGGAUGAGGAGGACGAGGAGGAGGAGGAAGAGGAGGAAGAAGAGGAGUCAGGGGAAGAGGAUGAGUACAACGGAGGCAAGCAUAGGGAUAAUAAACGUGGGGACGUGUCGGGUGGUGAUUAUAUCGAGGGGCGGAUGCCUCUCGGUUUUGCGGAAUCCCAAGAGGAGGAACGCAGACACAUGCCGCCUUCCGCGCAUGCACCCCCAUCCGCACAUGCGCCUUCCGCCGCGCCCUCCGCGCAGGCACCCGCGCUGAUGCCCCUCCCGAACGGCGCGCUGUUCGGUUCCGCCGUGCUCCUGCAGCAGCAGCAGCAGCUGCUCCAGGCGCGCGACGGGGAGGGCGCGCAAGCGCAACUCCAUGCGCCGCAGCAGGGGCUGAAGGCGCCGCUACAGGCGCCGCAGCAAGCGGGCCAGACCGGGAUUUUCAACGGUCAUCAGACAGAAUCGCUAGGCAGUAAUGUUCACAAUCCGAUUCAUGGAUCGGGGUUUGGGGGAAUGGGUGGGGCGGCGGGAGGCGCUGCGCCCGCGGAGCAAUCAGGCGUGCGGGCGGCGGAGCAGCAGCAGGGGCAGGCGCAGCAGCCAGUGCAGCUAGCACAGCAACAACAGACGCAGUUUCUACAGCCACAGUCGUACCAGCCCGCGCAAAUCCCACCGCAGUACGCGCCGCAGUAUUCGCAGCAGCAGACGUUUGCGCAAGGGAUGGUGAUGCAACAAGGACAGCAGAACCAAUACCAGCAGCAACAGCCUCAGCAUCAGCCGUCGCAUCAGCCGCAGCAGCAGCAGCAGCAGCAGCAGCAGCAGCAGCAGCAGCCUCUUCCGGUAUUUCAACAUCAUCAGCAAUAUCAGCAGCAGCAGCAGCAGCAACAACAACAGGGGCAACAGCCUUUGCAUCCGCCGUCGCUCCGCCCUCUCUCCCUCAAUGGUAACGCGAGUAUGCCUCACACCCCGCAAGACAACUCGUCCUUGUCGUCGAUAUCUUUUCUUCCUCCGCCUACCGCUCCCUCACUCGCUCCGCCUCAAAGCGUCACAGGCAGCAGCGCACUGGGACCCAGCGCCUCCGCGCAAUUUCUUUCCCCGUCCAGCGGAAAUCAUCAGUCCAUGCAGACACACCCGCAGCAGUACCAGCAGCAGCAGCAGCAGCAGCAGCAGCAGCAGCAGCUGCCGCCCCCUCAGCAUCCGCAAUACCAACCACUUCAGCAGCAACAGCAGCAGUAUCCUCCCCACCAACCACAGCAGCAGCAGCAGCAGCCGCCGCCGCAGCAACUGCAACAGCAGCAGCAGCAGCAGCAGCAGCCCAUCGUGCCCCCGCUCCUCCACCUUCCCCUUCCCGCGCUCUCCGAAGCCCCCGCGGCCCCGGCUCUCGCUUCCCCGCCCUCGUUGUCCUCCAAGUCCCCCGCGGAGGUUCAUCCGCCAAUGGAGCCGCUUCCGCCGCUACUUCCGCCCCCCGCCAACCUCAACUCUUCCGCCACCGCCGCACCGUCGUUCCCGUCUAUCGGCCGCCCCCUUCCUUCGCUUGCGCACAACACCCGCGGGCUCCCUUUUGGCGGAACGAACGCAACCGGAGCAAGCUCCACGGGGAACGCCGCGGGUGCCGCCGCGCCGCCGCCGACCACCACCGCUAACUACACGACUCCCGCGGGCCGGUUGCGCGUGGGUUCUCACCUUCCGCUACUCGGCGGACGGUUCCGCUUCCGCGCAACGAUCUCGGAAGGCGGGUCUGCGCGCGUGUUCGAGGCGGUGGAUACCGCAGGCAGCUCCGCAGCUGGCGCAAGCGGAGGGGGCGCGCUUGGGGGUUUACCAACGGCGUCUGAUCUCCAACGGGCGUCGAAUCAAAACCAAAGUCAGCUACAACCGACCGUUGUGAUCAAGGCGAUGCACCGGCAGUAUCGUGAGGUGGGACGGCAGGAGCUACAGCUGCUACAUAUUCUCAACUCGCUUCUGCCGGCCGCGGUUGGCGGCGCAGAAAACGGAAGCGCGGAGAACGGGGAUCGAGAGCCGGACGGUUGUCCGGUAGUGCGUCUGAUUGAACCGGGAGGAUUUGAUUUUUCCGGGCACAUGUGUUUGGUGUUGGAGAAGCUUCACGGGUCGCUCCUCGAUUACCUCUGUCGCCGGGCCGUCGAAGACGCCUCCUCGAAACCCGCCGCAUCAGCCGCUGCGUCUCCCGGCGGCCCGUCAGGAUCGUGCACAUGCGCGGAGAACUCUGUUGCGGAGGGCGCGCGGAGCGGAGCAGUUGCGCGCGCGCCAGCGUUUCCCGACAGGGUGGAAGACGUCCGCGCGGUUGCGCGCCAAGUGCUCACGGCGCUGGCGGCAGUUCAUUCGAUCGGGUUCAUUCACGGGGAUAUUAAGCCCGAAAAUAUCCUUCUCGCUGCGCCGAUUCCAAGCGGAACUGCUGCGGUUCCUGCGGGAGGAGCGUCGGGUUCUGGGGGGCGGGUUUGCCCUGUGCAUUCCCCGCGGCCAGCGCCGCUGAAUAUCAAGCUUGCUGAUUUUGGAAAUUCGUUCAUGCAGCGGCAGGUGAAGGACUUGUGUCGGGAUUUUGAUGUUCAGACGCUCGCGUACCGGGCACCUGAAGUUUUGCUCGGGCUGCCCUUUGAUAAGAGUAUCGAUCUUUGGUCGUUGGGGUGUGUUCUUUCGGAGCUCGCGAUUGGCCGGUUGCUUUUCGUCUGCGAUUCGCCCGCGCAGCUGCUUCGCCAAAUGGUAGAGAUGCUCGGGUUACCUCCUCCCGCUAAAUUGUUUCGCAACGGAAAGCUCUUCCCGCAGCUUGCGAGGAGCGCGCGCGUGUACCCGUCGCAGCAGCUGGAGGAGAUCGCAGGAGACGCGGACGGAGAGGGUGGGAAGGGCGUGGGCGACGACAACUCAGCAGAGAAGAACCAUGCGACAAUUCGGCGUGGCCGACUUGGCCGAAUGCUGUUACAACACGAUCCUCUCAUGGCGGAGCUCAUUUUCUCCUUGAUGGAGUACGACCCAGCUAAACGCCCGUCUGCUCAGCAGGCGCUACUGCAUCCUUUCAUCCAGACCUCCCAGAACGCGCAACCAUCUGCGCCUCCGCCCGUCCCCUCCCCCGCCCCCUCCGCCUCCGUCCCCGCCUCCCCCGCGCUUCCCCCGCUCCCUGCCUUCACCGCCCCCCGCACCGCACCUCCAAUCAAGCCCGAGCCUGUCUUAGAGCGUUCCGCCUCCUACCCUCUCACGUCAGGCUCGGCAGGAGGUUCGGCAGCAACCGGACCUGAGCCAAUGGCUCUGGAUUCCAGGCCUGUGCCUGUGUUCUCUCUUGGGAACGGUCUCCCAGCCACCGGUCCGUUCCAGCAGCAGCAACAGCAGCAGCAGCCGCAACAGCAGCCACAGCAGCAGGAGCAGCAAGGGCAGAACCCGCAGGAGCAGAAUCAGCAAAUUGGAAACAAAAGAGGGAGUAGGACCCCUGGUGCUGCUGCUUCUGCCGCUACUGCUGCAACUGCUACUGCUACUGCUGCUGCGGCUCCGGGGGCGGCAACGGCGGCAGCGGCUGUGACGCCGGGUGGUAAGCCACCAGCGAACCGGAGGGCUGUAGCUCGCAGCAAAUCUGCCUCCGCAACCCCUUCAGGCAGGAACGCGGCUAGGGCUGCUACAGCCGCUGCCAAAGCUGCUGCUAAAGUGGCUGCGAGCGCCAGUGCCGCCACUCCAAAGGCUGCAGCAAUGGCUGCUGCUGCUGCUGGUUCUCCUGCUGCUGCUGCUGCUCCUGGUGAUACAGACGCUACAGCCGCUGCUACAGCCGCAGCAGCAGCGACUGGCACUGGCGUCCAGGGGCCCAGCGGCAAUGCUGCUCCCUCUGGUCAACCCAGUCAACCCGGUCAACCAGGUCAAUCUGGUGGUGCUGCUCCUGACUCGAAAAAUCCAGGCGACGCGCUUCACUUGAAGCAGCUGUCCCAGAACUCCCUCUUUUCCCGUGCUGCAUCGUUUCUUCAAUCGUUCAAGGUGGCCGUUCCCACCCCUGCUGCCGCUGCUGCUUCUCCGGGGAGCGGAAUCGGGGGGAGCGGAAAUGGGGCCAAUGGGAAUGGGGGGGUUGGGAAUGCGGCGGCAGCAAGAGGAGGAGCGGGAGGCGGAGGGGUUCUGGGCGGGGUUGGUGCCGGGGGAAGCGCUGGGGUCGGGGCAGCGGGGGCGGGGGAAGCGGCUGGGGGAUCGAACCAGCAGCAGCAGCAGCAGCAGCAGCAUCAGCAACAAUUGCAACACCAACAGCACCAAUGGCAGCAGCAGCAGCAGCAGCAAUUUCACCACCAACAACAGCAGCAGUUGCAACAAGCAUACGUCUCAACACCAUCGUCUGUCACCACCACUAGCAGCAGCAACCCCCCCCACCGUAUCACCCAACUCCCCUCUCUCACUCCUCUCCCCAAUCCCGCCCUCCCCCUCCCCACUCCGCGCGCCCCCCCCGCCACCCUCCCCCCUGCGUCUGCGCCCUCCCCUUCCUACCCCCCCUCCCAUCCCCCACAAACCCCUGCUCUCCGCCCCUACCCCUCCACUCACACUCACCCCCAAACCCAUCCCAGCCACCUCACCACUCCUGCCGCCACCCACGUUACAAGCACACCCGCGUCCCUCCCUCCUCCCGUCUGCCCCUCCCCGUGCAUUCUCCCUGCCGCUGCUGCUUCUUUCCAAAAUCCCCAGCAGCAGCAACCCUCCCGGUCCCUGUCUCUCUCUGCUGUUGCAAACCCUGCAAGCGCAACCAUGGGGAAAGAGCAAGGACAAUUUAGCAGAAGCACGAGCAGUUAUGGGAGUUUGAUGCAACAGGCGUUGCCAGAAGGCGGACAGGUGCAGGGGCAAGGGGGAGCGACUCUCCCAGGAAGGGUCCUCACCUCCUCUGCCUCUGCGCCUGCGCAUGGGUCGAUGCUGCUUUCAGCUGCCUCUGCUGCUGCUGACGUUUCUUCUGGUGCCAAUAUCGGGUGUGCUAAUAACGGAGGUGUAGCUAGCGGUGGCGCUGCUUCUUCUGCUGCUGCUCUCCCCGUGGGUAUAGCCACUCCAUCUUAUGUCACACCCGCUGCAGUCACACCAGCUGCAGUCACACCAGCUGCCGCUCAAACGCCCACCACUCCUGCUGCUCCGUCCCUCACUCCCACGCUUCAACACUUCAUGGGCCCUCCUCUUGGCCCCUCUGCUGCUUCCUCUCCUGCACUUUCUGCUGGUGGCGGUGCUGUUGGUUGUGGUGGUAGUGGUGGUGGUGGUGCUUCUUCCCCUGCUACCUAUGCUGCACCCAGUGCUGGUGCGAGUGGUGGUGCCAGUAACAACAUGAGCAGAUUUGGGCUUCAGCCGCAGCAGCAGCAGCAGCAGCAGCAGCAGCAGCAGCAGCAGCAGCAGCAGCAGCAGCAGGUGGGCGGCGUUGCUCGUCCGCACAUGCUGCCCCACCUUACCCACUCCCAGUCCUUCCCUACCACUCACCCAUCUUCCCAUCCCUCCUCCUAUCCUUCGCCUCAUUCUCAUUCCCGAGGGCGGCUCUCCCCUCACGCUCAACACACCUCUUCUCCUGCCUCUUCCGUUUGUCAGCACCAAAACUAUCAACAGCAGCAGCAGCAGCAGCAGCAGCACCAGCAGCAGCAGCACCAGCAGCAUCUGCAACAGCAACAGCAACAGCAACAGCAACAGCAACAGCAACAGCAGCAGCCGCAACAGCAACAGCAGCAGCAGCAGCAGCAACAGCAAUACCAGCAGCAGCAAUACCAGCAACAGCAACAGCAACAGCAGCAGCAGCAGCAGCAGCAGCAGCAACAGCAGCAACAGCAUUACCAGCAGCAGCAACAACAGCAAUACCAGCAGCAACAGCAGCAACAGCAGCAGCAGCAGCAGCAGCAGCAGCAGCAGCAGCAGCAGCAGCAGCAGCAGCAGCAGCAGCAGCAGCAGCAGCAGCAGCAGCAGCAGCAGCAGCAGCAGCAGCAGCAGCAGCAGCAGCAGCAGCAGCAGCAGCAACAGAAACAGCAACAGCAGCAGCAGCAGCAGCCGCAGCUUCAGCAGCACCAUCACCAGCAGUAUUAUCAGCAGCAGCAGCCGUUGGCCUCUCACCCUUCCUCCUGUCAGGCUCCUGCCAGUCCCGUCAGCAGCGCCUCUACUGCUUUCCGUCCUGCACCCACUCCCGCCCUCCGCCCUGCCCCUGCUCCUGAUUACACCUCGCCUCCUGCCGCUGGUGCUGGUGCUGCCAAUGUUGCUGGUUCUCGUGCUUCUCCUGCUCCAGCUGUCGCUGCUGUCUUGGCUCUCUCGGGUUACCAGCAGCAGCAGCAGCAGUAUGAGCAGCAAUAUCAACAAUCGCAACAGCAGCAGCAGCAGCACAAUCAAUACCAGCAGCAACAGCAGCAACAGCAGCAGCAGCAACAGCAGCAACAGCAGCAGCAGCCCUUCAGCCAUUUCCCUCAGUCUGCCGCUCCUGCCACCGAACCUGCCUCGGCCCAAAACUACCAGACUCCCUACCAAGCCUCCGCUGCAGGCCAGGUACCUGCCAUGCCUUCCCGCUCCGGUUUGGCUGCGCCCUCUUCUGCCGAACCUGCAGGUUCGAUGGGUGCCCCUCCCAUACCUGCUGCUACAGGUAUUGGCUCGGGAAGAGGAAAUUAUUGGGGUGAUUCUCCCGCCAACACUUACGUAAGUGCUGCUCCCAGUGCAUCUGCACUUAGCGGGGGUCCUUCCAUCCGCUUGCUGUCCAUCCCCACCGCAUCUCCUGCCACGUCAUCCAUGUCUGCCGGCCCUGCCACGUCAGCUGGCCGUGCUGUCUCAGCAGCACCUGCCACGUCAGCAGGCGGCGCUCGGUCCCCACAAAGGGGUGCUGUGUCGUCUGGCUCAGCUGGCAUGCUGAGGCUGCCAGGUGGCAUGCCACAUCAGCAGCAGCAGCAGUAUUCGGAGGGGCAUUCAUGCAUGCAGCAGCAGGUGCGGCAUCAGCAGCAGCAGGGGCAGCACCAGCAGCAGCAGGGGCAGCAGCAGCAGUUCAGCAUGCCUGUUGGCAUUGCCAGGCCUUCAGUCUCGGCCAACCGACCUCUGCAAACUCAGCAGCAGCCGCAGCUGCAGCAGCAACAGCAGUGUCAAAUGCACCAACCGCAGCAGCAGCAGCAGCAGUCACAGCAGCAGUUUCAUCUGCAAACGCAGCAGCAGCAGCAGCAGCAGCAGCAGCAGCAGCAGCAGCAGCAGCAGCAGCAGCAGCAGCAGCAGCAGCAGCAGCAGCAGCAAUCAGUGCAGCAGCAGCAGCAGCAGCAGCAGCAGCAGUAUCAGCAGCAGCAGCAGGUGGGGCAAUUCACAUCUGUGGCUGGCCAUAACGGAUACCAAAUGCUCCCACUCUCUUCCUUCACUCUCCCUCCUUCCCAACCGUCUGGUCCAACUCCCUCUGGGCUUGAGCAAUCACCAACAGCUGGAGCGGAGGGAGAAGGAAGGGAAGGGGGAGGGACGAGCCCUAGCGUGCAGCAGCAGCAGCAGCAGCAGCAGCAGCAGCAGCAGCAGCAGCAGCAGCAGCAGCAGCAGCAGCAGCAGCAGCAGCAGCAGCAGCAGCAGCAGCAGCAGCAGCAGUUUCAACUGCAGCAACCGCCGCAACAGCAGCAGCAGCCGGAGGCGCUGUAUUCAAGCUACAACCCCACCAGCAGCUACGUUAGCAGCUAUAACCGAAGCUCGGGUCUUUCCAAUACCAACACUCUCACCCCUCCUGGUCCGGUAGGGAGCCUGGGGCUGGGCGUGGGGUCUGGUGCUGGUUACAGGGAUAGCCACAAUGAGAGUAACAGUGGGGGGAACACAACAGCUUCGGUUCAUGACUCUUAUGGUGCUGGUGCUGCUGCUGCUUCUGGUGCAGCUGACGCUGCUGGUGGUGGUGGUGGUAUUGUUGGGGCAGGAGAUGGGGGUCUCGGAGUUGGAGGAGCAGCAGAGGCGAUGGAGAGGGGAGCAUGGGAAGGCAGGAGUUACUCUUUCCCUAGUGGUGCUGUUGUGGCGCCUGCUGAUCCUGCUGCUCUGUUUGGUGCUCCGCAGCAGGAACAGCAGCAGCAGCAGCAGCAGCAACUGCAGUGGCAGCAACCGCAGCAGCAGCAGCAGCAGUCAAUGCUCCCAGUGCCUUACAACACCACAGCAGGGGCAUGUGAAGGGGAGGCCAGUGCAGCAGCAGGAUCCGCAGCAGGAGGAGCAGCAGCAGCAGCAUGCACACCCAAAUCCCGGACACUCAACGUUGAUCUCACAGAUCUCCUCGAGAUGGACGGUGGGGAUGAGCUGGGGGAGCAAGGCGAGGCAGCGAGAGCCGUAGAUGGAAUAGAAGACGAGAUCCUAGGUGGACCGUUCAAAAAGCCACGACUCUGGGACGAGAGGGAGGAGAUGGUGGGGGGGAUAGCGGGCGUUUCAGCCUCUUCCCCUUUCUCCUGCUUUGGCCGCCUGUCCCCGUUGUCACUCACAGAGGAGAGAGCGGAGAGCGGCGGGGAGGGGGAAUACAAAGGGCAGCAGCAGCAGCAGCAGCAGCAGCAGCAGCAGCAGCAGCAGCAGCAGCAGCAGGAGGAGGAGGGUAGGAAAGCUGUGGAGGAGAAGGAUUGGCCAGCUAAGGCCUUACCUU